AUGUCUCAGUUGGUCGUGGUUGGCGAUCAGAGCUCGGGGAAGAGCUCUGUUCUAGAAGGCAUUACAGGAUUCGCCUUUCCACGAGAUGCUGGACUCUGUACGCGGUACGCAACUCAGAUCACUUGUCGAAGAGAAGACCAACAGAGCGUUAUCGUAUCCAUCAUCCCCCAUGAGGACUCGGAUCCCGAUGAGAGGGUCAUGAUCAAGGAGUUUCACAAGACUCUUGAUGAGUUGACUGAUGCAAGCCUCGCCAACAUCUUCAAGCAGGCGAAUGAGACGAUGGGACUACGAAGCAGUGAAGAUGAUGAGCAGACCGAUGGCUCAGCGCGCCCUACCUUCAGUGAGCACAUCUUGAAGAUCGAGAUUUGUGGACCUAAUCACUUUACCGUCAUUGACGUUCCUGGAAUCUUUCGCAACACCGAAGGAAAGGAUUACAUUCUAUCUCAUCAUUAUAGAGACAUAGAACUUGUCAGAGAUAUGGUGAAGAAGUAUAUGAAAGACCCUAGAACCAUUAUCCUCGCCAUUAUGCCAUGCAAUGUCGACCCAGCCACACAAGAGGUUCUCAAACUUGCCAAACAGUUUGAUCCGCAGAUGACCAGAACGAUGGGUGUUCUCACAAAACCAGACCUGGCAAUUGAGCGAGCCAUUCAGCAGAUUGCCAUAAACCACGUUCUCGGCAAACGAGGUGAUCUAACAUUGGGUUACUACAUUGUCAAGAACCGUGGCCCAGACGAUGUCACGAUGUCUCUCGCGGAGGGGCAGAUGAAAGAAAAGAACUUCUUCUCAGAGGAUCCCUGGUCAACUCUGCGCAACACAGAGAGGGCGGGAAUCUUCGCCUUGAAACUCAAAGUGCGGGAACUACUGAUCGAUCUGAUCAAGCAGGAGUUCCCAAAGCUUCGAGCUGAGGUGACAAAAGAACUGGUCGAUCUCAAGACUCAACUGAAUAAGAUGGGACCGUCAAGGAGCGACCCUCUCUCACAACGAGCCUACCUAAGCAAUAUGUGCGAAAAUUUCCAGUCCAUCACUCGAGAUGCUCUCAGUGCAAACUACACAGGCAACAAUAUUUUCUCGGACAGCGACAGUCUUCGGCUCAUCACGCGCGUAGUAGAAGCCAAUGAGGCAUUCUCCAACCAGAUCUCCUGGGCAGGCCACACGAGAUCGUUCACUGAUAGUGGAAAGCUGCACCAAGAAGAAUCGGAAUCUGAGGAGGAUCCUUUUGGUCCACAGAAGACUCGCAGUUUCUCUUUCGCCUCAAGACAGUCAUUGGAGUCCGAGGACCUGGCGGAGGCAGUUCAAUUUCCCGAGCUUGACAGCAUUCUGCAAGAGUCCUCAGCAAGGCGUCAUAUCAAACAUGACGAUGACAUCAUGGAAUACAUUGAGCUUGUAUACAACAAUAGUCGAGGUGCUGAUCUCGGAACAUUCAGCGGAUCAAUGCUUGCAGCCAUCUUCAAAGAGCAGACCAAGAACUGGGAGUCGAUAACACUGUAUCAUGUUUCCCGUUCCAUUAUCCUGGUCCACCAAUUCAUUGUAAAGGUAAUCGAGGAAGUCUGCCCCGACGCCCAUGUUUUCGACACGCUUUGGAACGACCACAUCCUCGAAAAGCUGCAGCAGACCUACAUCCGGGCCAUCGACAAAGCCAAAUACCUCCUUUCCAUUGAACGAGAACACUUGCCAUUCACACUGAAUCACUACUUCAAUGAUAACCUGCAGAAGUUACAGGGUGAACGCCUCGUGUCUCUCAUGAAGAACCUUGGCAUAUCGGAUGAUACGGGCGCGCACCUCACCUGGCCACAGGUUGGCAACCUGUCCGCCAACAAGGGAAACCCAGAACACGUCCGCGAGUACAUCCAUGAUGUGCUUUACAGUUACUACAAGGUCGCGUUGAAGCGCUUCGUCGACGUGGUAUGCCAGCAGGCUGUCUUCUAUUACCUUCUGAGAGGUCAAGAGAGCCCUCUCCAGAUCUUCAAAUAUGAACUGGUCAAUGAAUUCAGCGACGAGGAGUUGGAGAACAUUGCGGGUGAAAGUGCCUCGGUCAAGGCUCAGAGGGCGAAAUUGGAUCGUGAUAUUAAGGAUUUUGAGGAAGCGAUGAGAGUAUUGAGGGGCUCGAAAUGA